AUGGCCGAACAAACACUUUUAAAUAUCGUUCGGGAAGCUGUAGUAGGAAAGGUGGUAAACGAUGUCAUCCCUGGACUACUGAGCAGAGGCAUGGAGUGGUUCAGGAAUCUCCCUGCCUUAAGAGAAGACCCCGUCCGGGCGGUCCUCAUCUCCACUGCGGAUCUGGUCGGAGUGGAGAAAAUCGAUGGCUAUGUGAGGCAGAUCAGGGAUUUCCUUGACGACGAUACUGUGAGAAUCCUGGGGAUUCACGGAAUGGGUGGUGUCGGGAAGACCACCCUCCUCCAGAAGGUCAAAAACAACUUUCAUGAUAUUGGAGCCGCUCAACGAUUCAACCAUGUUAUAUUUGUCACCGUGUCUCGUGCUCCCGAAAUCCUCACGAUCCAGGAGCAGAUCGUAAAGCAGCUUGAUAUAAAGUCAACGUCUUCAACGGAAUACGGUACGGACAUCUCCCAAUUUUUAUUAAAUAAAAGGUUCUUACUAUUGUUAGAUGAUGUAUGGGAAGAGUUGAAUUUGCACGAUGUGGGAGUUCCUACUCCUUGUGCUGAGAACAAGUGCAAGAUCAUUUUGACGAGCCGAUCUAAAUCGGUGUGCUGUAAAAUGGGCACUCCUAGAAAGUUAUUGGAAGUGGAGCCCUUGAGCGAAUCGGAGGCAUGGAUCCUCUUCAAAAAGAACGUGGGUGGUGAUGUAGAUCUCGAUCAACGUGAUCAGGAAAUAUGUAGGCACGCAAAGGCUGUGGCAAAGAAAUGUGGUGGCCUCCCGCUUGCCCUAAAAAUCGUUGGUUGUACUAUGGCAAAUGCUUCCUCAGUUGGAGAGUGGCGGGAAGCUGAAAGGAAUCUAACUCGGUCUCCCCAUUUAGUGGAAGACAUGAAAGAAAAGGUAUUGUCUUUGUUAGAAUUCAGCUUUGAUAGACUACCAAAUGAUAACACGAAACAGUGCCUCCUUUAUUGUUGCUUGUUCAAGGAAGAUAAGAACAUCUCUAUAACUGAAUUGAUUCACUAUUGGAUUGGAGAGGGAUUCCUUGACAGUGAAUACUCUAAAAGCACGAGUGAAGCAGAAGAUAGGGGAAAAACAAUCAUCAGUAGCCUCAUUUCAGCUAGCUUGUUACAGAAGGGAGAUAAAGUUGACAAUUUUUCUUCACGUGAUUUGUUGGGUGUGGAUGAUUCAGACAAGUAUGUGAAGGUACAUGAUGUGGUGCGGGAGAUGUGUUUGUGGCUGACAUCAAGUGAGUCUGACAAGUAUGGAAAAUUUCUUCUACAUCCAGGAAUGAAUAUUGAUAUUAUUUCAGAUUUAGAAAGGUGGAAUGAUGUAAGAAGAGUAUCAUUGUGUGACUUAGUGACUUGUCAGGAAUUUUUACACCAAAAUGAGGCAGAAAUAUGUCCAAACUUGGUGACACUAUUAUUAAAUCAUGUUCGCUUUGGAGAAUUGUCAAUUCCAACAUGUUUUUUACGAAAGACAAAAUCUCUUCGAGUCAUGGCAUUAAAAUCUUGUAAUUUGACAAAUAUUUUGGAGGAUAUAAGCUCAUUGCAAGAAUUGAGAUAUUUAGAUUUAUCUAACUCAGAAGUUCAAAGCCUUCCAAAUGUAAUCAACUUAUGUACAAGCUUACAAUAUUUGAAUAUAUCAAAAAUUGGAUUACAAAGUCUUCCUAACAUGGUUGAUAAACUUGAGAAACUAUAUUAUUUGAAUGUGUCACAAAAUAUGUUAGAAAGCCUUCCAGAUUCAAUCAGUGCUCUUAUUAAAUUAAGAUAUUUUGAUGCAUCAUAUACAAGGUUAACAACACUUCCAAGUACCAUCGGAUCACUUGUAGAGUUAGAAUAUCUUGAUUUGCAGUGUAUACCAUUACAAAAGCUUCCAGAAACAAUUUGUGGCCUUGUGAAUUUGAAAGAUUUAAAUAUGUCAAAGACAAAAUUACAAAACCUUUCAAAUAAUAUUGGAUCACUUGUGGAGUUAAAAUAUCUUGAUUUGAAGAGUACAGAGUUACAAAAGCUUCCAAAUUCAAUCGGUGACCUUGUGAAUUUGAAAUAUUUAAAUAUGUCACAUACAAAAUUACAAAACCUCCCAAAUAGCAUUGGAUCACUUGGGGAGUUAGAAUAUCUUGAUUUGGAGAGUACAGAAUUACAAAAGCUUCCAGAUUCAAUUGGUGGCCUUGUGAAAUUGAAAUAUUUAAAAAUGUCAAAGACAAAAUUACAAAAUCUUCCAAAUAGCAUUGGAUCACUUGUGCAGUUAAAACAUCUUUAUUUGGGGUAUACAGAAUUACAAAAGCUUCCAGACUCAAUUGGUGGCCUCAUGAAUUUGAAAUAUUUAUAUAUGUCACACUCAAAAUUACAAAAUCUUCCAAAUAGUAUCGGAUCACUUGUGCAGUUAAAACAUCUUUAUUUGGAGUAUACAGAAUUACAAAAGCUUCCAGACUCAAUUGGUGGCCUCAUGAAUUUGAAAUAUUUAUAUAUGUCACACUCAAAAUUACAAAACCUUUCCAAUAGCAUUGGAUCACUUGUGGAGUUGGAAUAUCUUGAUUUGGAGUGCACAGAAUUACAAAAGCUUCCAGAUUCAAUCGGUGCCCUUGUGAAUUUGAAAUAUUUAGACAUGCCACAUACAAAAUUACAAAAUCUUCCAAAUAGUAUUGGAUCACUUGUGCAGUUGAUAUAUCUUGAUUUGAAGAGUACAAAAUUACAAAAGCUUCCAGAUUCAAUUGGUGGCCUUGUGAAUUUAAAACAGUUAUAUGUGUUACACACAAAAUUGCAAAAGCUUCCAAAUAGUAUCGGAUCACUUGUGCAGCUAGAAUAUCUUGAUUUGGAGUGUACAGAAUUACAAAAGCUUCCAGAUUCAAUUGGUGGCCUUAUAAAUUUGAAAUAUUUAUAUAUGUCACAGACAAAAUUACAAAACCUUCCAAAUAGCAUCGGAUCACUUGUGCAAUUAGAAUAUCUUGAUUUGAAGAGUACAAAAUUAGAAAAGCUUCCAUAUUCAAUCAGUGGCCUUGUGAAUUUGAAAUAUUUAGACAUGUCACAUACAAAAUUACAAAACCUUCCAAAUAGCAUCGGAUCACUUGUGGAGUUAGAAUAUCUUGAUUUGAAGAGUACAGAAUUACAAAAGCUUCCAGAUUCAAUCGGUAGUCUUGUGAAUUUGAAAUAUUUAAAGAUGUCACAUACAAAAUUACAAAAUCUUCCAAAUAGCAUUGGAUCACUUGUGGAGUUAGAAUAUCUUGAUUUAGAGAGUACAGAAUUACAAAAGCUUCCAGAUUCAAUCGAUGGCCUAGUGAAUUUGAAAAUGUUAAACGUGUCACACACAAAAUUACAAAAUCUUCCAAAUAGCAUUAGAUCACUUGUGCAGUUCAAACAUCUUGAUUUGCAGUGUACAUAA